AUGCCUUUUGGAUCAACAAAUGCUCCAGCAACGUUCCAACGGUUAAUGGACAUCGUAUUAGCCGGUCUCAAGUGGCAAUACUGUCUUGUAUAUAUUGAUGAUGUGGUAAUAUUUUCGUCAACAUUUGAACAACAUAUGACAGAUUUAGAAAAAGUCUUUCAAGCUCUUCGAUCCGCAAAUCUGACGUUGAAAACAUCAAAAUGCCAAUUUUUUCGUCGAGAAAUGCGUUAUCUGGGACACCUUAUCACGCAAAAUGGCAUUAAACCAGACCCAGAUUUAAUCAAAUCAGUAACAAAUUUCCCGCAACCAAAGAAGAUCAAAGAUGUUCAAUCAUUCUUGGGUUUAACUGGUUAUUACCGCCGAUUCAUCAAGGAUUACUCAAAAAUAGCGGAACCACUGUUACAACAGCUGCGAAAUUCUCAAAAAGGCAAUCAUCAAUUGAAAUGGUCGAAACAAUGUGCUGCUGCCUUUCAAACAUUAAAAAAAAGAUUAACAAACGCGCCAAUUAUGAACACACCAAACUUUGAACAACCGUUCAUAUUGGAACUCGACGCGUGUGAAUAUGGCUUGGGAGCAAUAUUAGCACAAGAAUAUGAUGAAAGGAAAUAUGUAAUAGCUUAUGCAAGCCGAACACUAUCAACAGCGAAAAGAAGAUAUGAAGCGACUGAACGAGAAGCAUUAGCCAUUGUAUGGGCAACAAAAUAUUUUCGCCCAUACCUCGAAGGUAACAAAAUUUAUGUUAGAUCAGAUUGUAAAGCGUUAGAAUGGAUGCGCACGGCAAAAGAUGUAACAGGUCGAUUAGCCCGCUGGGCGAUGAAACUAUCGGCAUAUCAAAUCGAAGAAAUUAAAUAUCGCCCUGGAAAAUCAAAUGCUAACGCCGAUUCGUUAUCACGUAAUCCACUACCAAAUGAUGAUAUCAAUCAACAUGAAGCGUCAACAAUAAAAACAGCUGUUAACCUAUGGCAAAAUACAAACAUUCUUAAUGACAUAAAAACGGAACAAGAAGCUGAUCCAAAAUUAAAAUCAAUUAUCGAACUAUUAAAAACAAAAUCAACGUUAGAAUUUAAUGACAAGCGUAACCCACAUGUUCUUGUGAAUGGAUUAUUGUAUAAAAUUAAAAACUCAAAGAAAUAUUAUAAUCAACGUGUCGUCGGUGAAAAACAUUUACUUGUCAUUCCAAAAACAAUGCAAAAUGAACUACUAAAAUGGGCUCAUGAUCAUCCAACAGAUGGACACGGUGGUCAACAAAAAACAUUAUUUCGACUGUCAACGAGAGUAUAUUGGAAAUCAAUGAGAAAAGAUGUAUUUAAUUACAUAGCUGCAUGUCAUGCAUGUCAACAAUUCAAAUACAAUAAUGCUCCUACAUCAAGUCCAAUGGAAAUGCAUUUAGUGAAUGAACCGUGGCACACAAUUGGCAUGGAUAUUCUAGACCCCUUGCCGACCACUACAAAACAAAAGCGAUUUCUUCUCGUCAUGGUAGAUUAUUUUACUCGAUGGAUCGAAUUAUUACCACUGAAAUCAACUACAUCUAGCGACAUAGCGAAUAUUCUUACGAACGAAAUAUUCUCAAGAUAUGGAUUACCAAAACACAUUGUAUCGGAUAAUGGUCCUCAAUUCGUAUCGAAUUUAUUUAAAAAUUUCUGUGAUAUAUUGGGAAUCAAACAAAAUUUAACAGCAAAUUAUCACCCGCAAAGCAAUAUGACGGAACGUGUGAAUAGAACAUUAAAACCGUUAAUUGCCAUGUACGCUCAACAACAACCAAACUCAUGGGAUGUUGAAAUUCAAAAAUUAGCCUUCGCAAUCCGAACGGCAGUCAACGAUACCACAGGUGAAACUCCAGCAUUUAUGAUGUUCGGUCGAGACCCCAGAGGUCCACUUGAUUUAUUAAUUGGUGAAACAAUAGAAGCACCACAACUGGCAACUAUUGAGCAUGGACAAAUUCAAGAAUAUAAGAAGAACUUAAUCAAUCAUCUAUGA